AGAACACCUACAACUUUAUUGACAUGCUUACCACAGCAAAAAGCGCGAGGCGUGAAUGUAACUGCUGUCAGUCUGUGUAUAUUUUUUAAUGCAAGAUUUGUGAAGUCGACCGGUGUUUAAUUCGCAAAUGGUUGGAAGACGUCAGGCACUAACAGAAAUAGACGUGUCAGGGUCAUCUGAAUGAAUUAUAGUGCUUUGUUAUUGUCAAGUGGUUGAAUAGCUUUAGCACGAUAGCAUUAUGGCCAGUCCCGCGAACGCAAAUAUGAAUGCUGUCAGAGAGACUAUGGAUGUUCUCCUGGAGAUAUCAAGGCUCCUGAAUACAGGAUUGGACAUGGAGUCUUUGUCAAUAUGUGUCCGUCUCUGUGAGCAGGGGAUCAAUCCCGAAGCGCUGUCAUCAGUUAUCAAAGAACUCAGAAGAGCCUCGGACUCAUUAAAGGCUUCUGAAAACAGCACUAGUCAAGGAUGACCAGUCGAAAUUUCAUCAAUGGCAGAGUGGUGCCUGUUGGAGAAGAAGGAACUGCACAGUGCAGUGUAUAUAAGCAUGUACAUAGGAUUAAUUUGUUAAAACAGUUGCAUUGCCUUGUGUUUGACCUACUUCCAUGUGCCUCAGUAUGUACAAUUGGACUGUUAAAUUGUGUUCCUUUUUUUAAUGUUGUGUAUACUAAUAACUGUAAUUCAUUACAAUGCUAACAUGUCCUCAAAACAUAUAUUACCAUAUGGAACCAUUUUUUGCCUCAGAUUAAAUCAGUAAAAUAUUUUUUACCCCAACUGUACUUUAUGUGUAUAUGAUCGCUGAAAAGCAUUUCCUCUGCACCUCCAUGUGCGUUUAUGUCUUUUAACCACAUGAUGGCGACAGCAGUGCAUUUAUAGGGAACUCAUGCAUACAUUAGUUCUGCUUUGAAUUCUGUCCUAGCAUUGUAAUUUCAGUCUUUUAUGGUUUAUUUAUUCAUUUAUGAUAAACGUCAUGGCCAGGACUCUAUUUUUUUUUUUUUUUUUU